AUGCCCUGGUCUCGAGUCUCAAACCUUAUCUCCAUCCUCCUCCUUCUCUUCUUCACAACUCCCAUCACCUCUGCCCCCGCCGCGGCGGACCUCGUCCUCGAAGGCUCACUCGAAGGCGGCCUGCGCUACUCUAUCACCGCGACUCGCAAAGGCGUUCCCAUCCCCGCCUCAGAGAUUAAGCUCAAACCCCUCGAGACCUACCAACUCGGCAACCCCCCCUCCAAAGCAACUCGUCUCAAUCCCCGCGCCAAUCCAAUCGCCAACAGUUCCAACUGGUGCGGUAGUGUCAACACUGCGCCGUCGGGGAAGAGCAUCGCGGUUGCGGCUUGGGUCGGAAUUGAUGGAGAUUCCUGGACGUCGGCGUUGCUACAGGCCGGGAGUGUUUGUGAGCGCAGCGUCUGGGUUCCCCUCGGGGCGUAUGCCAUCACCUCUCUGUCCAUCUCCCCCGGCCAAUGGCUCGAAGUCACGAUUAAUGCAACCUCGACGACGUCUGCUCAGAUCUCUCUCAUGAACCUCCAUACGGGUGUGAACUACAAUGUGAUCCUCACAAAUGGCCCGACCCUUGCCCGCGUCAACGCCAACUGGGUGGUCGAGAGACCCUACUAUGGCAGCACACUCGUUACGAUGCCGGCCUUCUCUGACGUAUGGUUUACAUAUGCGAGCGCUUCCCUCACGCCGUCGGGUUCGUUAGGGAUUCUCGGCGCUAAGCAGUACCAGAUCCCGGGGUUCUGCGGCAGCGAGGAGUAUGAUAAUACCGCGCAGGUUAGUUAUGUACCUUGA